AUAGAUGAUGCUGCCUUAGAAAGUUUACUCACCAACCCCUCUGAUUGUGUGGUGGUUAUGGAACCGAAGCAACUUGUCUUCGAUGACAAAGAAGAGUGUAACUUGAAAGACAAGUUUUGGCCCACCAUGGAAUAUGAAAUCCUGGAAAGAUCACCACAUAAAAAGUUUUAUAAUUCACUACACUCUGCUUCAUCGGUCGAUUACCAAGUAAUUUCUGGUGAUAUGAUUUCUAAUAAGCCGUCAACAGUUCAGCCAGAUGUUACAAAAGAAGAUGAAAUUCGUCAAGGCUUUUCUGAAUCCAACAGUGAGAAUGUUGAUGUACAGAUGAAACAAAAGGAAUCUGAUGAAUAUGAGGAAAUCAGUCUGAACACAAUUGCAGUUGAUUCAGAGAAGAUGCUACAUAUUCCGGAUGUUAAGUAUACAUGUCUGGCUAUGGAGCCAAAUGAGGUAGAGAACCCUUGUUUAGAGAAUCAUGUGAAUAUUUAUGCUGAAGAAGUCUGUGAACCAGAGCUGCAUAAAGAAGGUAACUUCAGUUAUAAGACAAAGGAGAGAAGCCCACGUUCCUCCCACUCUUAUGGAAGCAAACAUUUUAGCAAAUCUGAUCUGUCAUGCCCAGCAACUAAGGCUAUUGGACUGUCAGAAGAUUGUUCAAUCAAGGAAGUGGAAGCCCCUGCUCCAACAGACAUUAUAAUUGAUGCAACGGGACAACAUUGUCCAGGAGAGAAUCUGAAUUUAUCAUCCGCUGGGGCUAAACUCUACUCUGGAAAUUUGAAUAAUGAGUAUGGUAGCCCGAAAGUUUUGGGAAGUUCUAGUCUGGGAGGUAAUGACUUGCUUACACCUGGUUCAGUUGGAUUUCCACUUGAUGACCAUGAGAGUCUUGAUCUCUCAAAAUCAGAGGAACCGAAAAUUGCAAAGAAGUCAGUGGUUCAAAGAGAUCUUAGAUUACUUCAGGUGGCUUCAUGGCCUAAGAGUAAGAGGAGAAAGAUUCAAGAUCAAGAAGCAGAUAGUUUUUCUGCUUCCCCAAGCUUCAGGGUAAAAAAGCAUUAUCCUAGUGACUUGAAUUCCACAAUUAUGAAUCUAAAGAAAGCUGGAGACAAUGUCGUUAGUGUACCAGGGCAUGCAUCUCUAGCGAAUGACAGUACUGAAAAAGAAGUAUACGAGAAGAUGGCCUGCCAAUUGAUUGAAGAGAUAGAGCCUUCACCUAAAGUGCAAAGCGAAAAGAAUGCGUUGAACUCCAAAGGCCACGGUGAACUUACAGAAAUUUCCUCCUCUUCUGCACUUAAACAAUUAGGGGAACCAAUUGCCUCAAAUUCGAUGGAAGAUUCUGCUAGAGCUUCCCAAGGAUGUUUAUUUGAGGAAAUGAAUUUGGCAGGUACAAGUAGUAGUGCAAGGAGAGAAGGUGAUGAAGGGGAUGGCCAAUACUUGCUGCAUCAUGAAGGGGGAGAUAAUUUGGCAUAUAGCGAAGGUUUGACAAUGGAGAGAAGCCUCUUAGAAGGCAAAUCUUAUUUGGGAGACAAAAGCCAACCUUCUUGUGGUUUAGUUUCGUCUUCAACCAAAAAAGACCCGAAUUUGACCCAUCCUGGUGAGAUGCUGCCUGUGCUUGAAAGUUUCAUCAUAGAGCCACAAACAGAGAAUGCAGAUGUGAACAUUUCUCGACGUGAAAUCGACUUUGACAAGUUUGAAUUUUCGAGAACUUCAAUAGAACGUGCUAGCAUCCUGGAACAGAUAUGCAAGUCGACUGUUAUGCAAACACCUCUGACGCAGUUCUCAUCUGCUCUCAAAGUGCAUGGAUCUCAGAAAUUUUGCCACUCUGUACCCAAUGGUCUUCUUGAGUGCAUGGAUCUGAGGAGCAUUUUGUCUUUAAAUGAAGAUGCCCAUAACCAACUUAGGGUCAUUUAUGGGAAUAACUCUGACUGUAAUUUGCAAAAGAUGUCAUAUUCUGAUCGUCUUUCUUAUACGGAAGCUCGAUUUUGUUGGGAUUCCAGAAAUCAUUACAGAUCUCCCGUUGGAAAGCUCUGGGAGAGAAUGUCUCAACAAACUGGCAGCUCAGAGAAGCUAUUGGGUUCAAAUCCAGAGCUUACAUGCUUUCCAAUUGAGGAAGAUCCCAGUACUAGCGAAGAAAAAGAGAAUACAAGUGGCGUAACAGAGAAAAUUCAGGAAGACAAUGGUUUGCUGAAUGAUACUUGUGCAAAAAGAGAAGUUCUUGCUGACAUAACAGAAGCAAAUGCUGCAACAUCAUUCUCUGCAGCAGAGAAGUUUGUAAAUAGAGCUACUGCAGAUUUUGUGAGUACAGAAGUCAGCUUCAAGGGGGUUCAUAAAAAGGUGAAGCCAAAGCUACAGAACUAUAGUAGAAAUAAGAGCGUGGAGAAGGAGAAUGAUGUGUUAUCAAUUGCAAGUAAUGGGAUUAAGAAAGCCAAGGAAUCAACAAGCAGAAAGUUCAGUAAGGCAGAUGCAUUAUCCAAAACCACUUUGAAGACAGAGAGGCAGAAGCUCUCAGAAAAGAAUCCCAAGUACAACAACAUUGUCUCCAAUGUAACUUCUUUUGUUCCCCUGGUCCAACAAAAACAAGCUGCUGCAGUUUGUACAGGAAAGAGAGACGUCAAAGUGAAAGCUCUAGAGGCUGCUGAAGUUGCAAAGCGCCUUGAGCAGAAAAGACAGGAUGAACGGAAGAUGCGGAAAGAAGCGCUGAAACUUGAAAGAGCUAGGAUAGAGCAAGAAAAUUUGAGACAAAUGGAGUUAAACAAUAAAAAGAAAGAUGAAGAAAGAAAGAAACGAGAUGCUGAUAUUAUAGCAAAGAAAAGGUUGAGGGAAGAAGAAAAAAAGGAAAAGGAGAGGAAGAAGAGACAAACUGAAGAAGCACGGCGACUGCAGAAAGAAGAGAUUACAUUGUGCUCUCAGAAGGGUGGGAAAGAUGAUAUAAUGAAGAAAUCAGACAAUCUGUUAAAGAAGAGUCAGAGCAUGGUGCAGGAGAGCAGAUAUGACGUUAUGUUGGAGAAGCCAGACAAUAACAUGAGGCCAGAAGAAUUAACGGUCGAUUUCCAGCAAGCUGCCAUCUGUACUGAAGCAUGUGGUACUUCUGGUGAUUCCUGUCAACAUCAGAAGACAAUGCCCGCUUUGGAUGAGUCUGCAGCAAAGGAAAAUUCAGUUGUCCAGAAAAUUCCAGAGAAAUCAUAUGACAUUUCACCGUAUCAGUGCUCAGACGAUGAAGAUGAAGAAGAAGAAAACAUACCCAACAACAAAUAUAUCCCGUCCUGGGCCAGUAAAAAAUGUGUGGCUUUCGUCCUCCCAAUGCAGCAGAGAAUUGAUCCUGAUGUAAUUUUUCCUUUAGAAAGCUUUUGCACAAUUGAUGAAGUCUAUCCUUCACCAAAAGCUAUAAGAGUCAUGACAAAGAAAGGGCCAAGGUAACAGACAUUCGACGUUGGCUGCUGCUGUUUCUUGUAUUGUUCUUUGAUGCCAACGGAGGACUAAGAACAUCUUCAACUAUCAGGAUUUAGUCUGACUUAAUUUAGACUCCCCUCCUUUUCAUAGAUAAAAUGUAGUAUCAGCAGUUACAUAAUUCCACUAUCCUUACGUAGAUGUGCAAAAAUGCAUGAUGGCCGUCCAAUUUAAUUUACGUGGACGGCACCCCUUUCUUUAGAAAAAAAAAAAACGAAAUUACGUUUAAGAUGUAAUGAAGAGAAGGACAAACGUACAUACACGUUUCAUGUUAAGCCUGA